CGCGUCUUCUGCAAUUCCCCCUUCUUUUUCCCUCAACUCAUGUCUCUGUCACUCUUCUGGUUCUCUCUCAUUCUCACCGAAAGAGACAAACGAGGGAGAACUGAAGGGUUCUUCCCCAGAGAUUAGAGAAACCCAUCUUCUCUUUUGGCCUAUUUCUAAUUCUUCCCCCCGAAGUUCUCUGUUUUAGGGUUUUUCUUUUCUCAGUGAAGCUCCACCGUUCUAUUUCAGAGGCUUUUGGGGAAAGAGGGCAUCGAAUUAAAAAAAUACAUAGACGGUGGUGUAUACUCUCCGAGUCAGUUUGGUGAGUUUUGAAUAUAUUAUAUAUUCUUUUCUUUCUCAUUAGUUUAAAAAAGAGGUCGGUUCUGUCUUGUGACACUUCUGGUUGCUAUUGCUACUGCUUUUGCAAUCGCUUUAUAUAUCAAAUCGGAGUAGGAAACUUGUGGGGUUUAUGGGUUCUUGCAUUACUGGAGUUUACUAGUUUAGGGAUUGGAUUUUGUUCGAUCUCUGAGCGGAGAAAGGGGGGUAUGGUAUGGUUUUUAGUUUUUUGAUCUGUGGAAUGUCAAAAGUGGUUUUUGGAGCAAACCCAUUUGAAGAUGGCUCCGAUUCGGCAUCAAAUCUUUCAGAAGGAUGGGUUUCUGAGCUACCCUCCUCCCAUGGCGGAUUCUUCUUCGUCCCCUUUUGUUGGAACUUACAAUAAGGAACCAACCCCACCUGCAUCGUCUUCUGCAACCUCGUCUGGCACGAGGAUAAGUCCAGCAGUUCUUUUUAUCAUAGUCAUUUUGGCUGUUUUGUUUUUCAUCUCUGGUUUGCUCCAUCUUCUUGUUAGAUUCCUUAUAAAGCACCCAUCUUCCUCAGCCUCCUCUCAAUCUAACAGAAACCCAGAACUUUCUCCUUCUGAUGCACUUCAGAGACAGCUGCAGCAGCUCUUCCAUCUCCAUGAUUCUGGUUUAGAUCAAGCUUUUAUAGAUGCACUUCCUGUUUUCCAGUAUAAAGAAAUAGUGGGUCUGAAGGAGCCAUUUGAUUGUGCUGUUUGUUUGUGUGAGUUUUCUGAGAAGGACCAACUAAGAUUACUUCCUAUGUGCAGCCAUGCCUUUCAUAUCAACUGUAUAGACACUUGGCUCUUGUCAAAUUCAACGUGUCCUCUUUGUCGAGGAACCCUCUUUAACCCCGGGUUCUCGAUUGAAAAUCCGAUGUUUGAUUUCGACGAUCUGGGAGACGAAGAUGAGUGUUCUGGGAAUGCAGAUCGCAGGUUCCCUACUUGUCAGAAAACAAUGGAAAUUCAAGAGGUAGUGAAUGAGAAGGGGGUUUUCCCUGUGAGACUUGGAAAAUUCAGGAGGAUGAAUCCGGCCGAGCCUGUAGAGACUGAAGUUGGAGAGACCAGUAGUAGUAAUUUGGAUGCUAGGAGAUGUUAUUCAAUGGGAUCGUAUCAAUACGUUGUUAUCGACGCUGACCUCAGAAUCGCCUUGUCUAAAGCUCGACGAGAGGGUGAUAAUAAACAGCUCUCCAAAGAUWCAGAACCAAAUAGCAUCUCUCCAGUCCAAGCAGACUUGGAUGGAAAGAAGCUGAAUAGUGUAGUUAAAGGAGAGAGUUACUCCGUUUCGAAGAUCUGGCUUUGGUCUAAAAAGGGGAAGUUCGCGAGUUCUACCGAACCGCAGAUAGGUAUGCCUUCUUCUCUAAAUAUGGACUUGCCAUGGUUGAGGCAAACACAAGGGCCAUGAUAAAAUAAAAAUGACCUCAAAACUGUUUUUUUUUCUUUCCUUUUUUGGGUUGAAAUUGAAAAUGAUCCUUAUCAAUGUUUGUUGUAUCUACUUAGAUUUUUGUAUUUGAAAUUUUCAUGGUGCUAACUUGUGAGCUAUUGAUUAUGACAAGAAUGCUCAACAGUCCUCCUACCACUGAAAUCAGAAAUCUCAUCCUUUUCUUCUGAGCUAUUUUUCGACAUUUGAAUGGCACUAUAGUAUUUCUAGAAUAGGAAGAGCGGUGAUGUCUCGAACACUAAUAAACAUGAUUCAUGAAAGUUGGAGCAAUCAACAUGAACUCUGCUAGUGUAGUGUAGUAGAUUAGAUCCUAUGAAUCAUUUUGAUGUUAAAUUUUGGAGGCC